AUGUCUCAGUCCAAGUAUAUACGUGACUUGUUGCACAAAACUGGUAUGCUGGAAUCUAAGUCCGUCUCCUCUCCUAUUGCUUUGGGUUCCCUUUCUCUCCAUGAUGGUCUACCUCUCCCCAAUGCUACUGAAUACAGGAAUAUCAUUGGUGCAUUACAAUAUUGCACUAUAACCCGACUAGACAUUGCAUUCUUUGUGAACAAGCUAUAUUGGGCAUCAUGUCCUGAUGACCGCCAUAGUACCAGUGCCUAUUGCAUUUUUCUGGGCCUCAACCUUAUUUCCUGGUCAUCGUCUAAGCAACGAGUGGUCUCUCGUUCUAGCACGAAAUCUGAAUAUCGUGCUCUUGCUAAUGGUGCUUCUUAA